UCCGCCGGGGUCGGCGAAGCAUGCUGGCAGUAUGGACGUGAAGGAACGCAGGCCCUACUGCUCGCUGACCAAGAGCAGGCGCGACAAGGAGCGGCGCUACACGGGCUCGUCCGGCGACAGCGAGGAGUGCGGCAGCGGCGGCGGCGGCCCGGGGCCGAGGGUACCCACCCAGAAGUCGUACAGCUCCAGCGAGACGCUCAAGGCCUUCGACCACCAGGACUCCUCCAGACUAUUGUACAGCAGCAGAGUGAAGGAGAUGGUGCACCGUGAACAGGACGAGUACACCCGACAAGGGCAGAACUUCAACCUGAGACAACUGGGGAUCUGCGAGCCGUCCACGCGCCGCGGCCUGGCCUUCUGCGCCGAGAUGGGCCUCCCCCACCGCGGCUACUCAGUCGGCGCCGGCUCCGACGUGGACACCGAGAACGAGGGCGUGAUGUCACCGGAGCGCGCCAUGCGGCUGUGGGGCCGCGGGGUGAAGUCGGGCGGACGGAACUCGUGCCUGUCCAGCCGGUCCAACUCGGCCCUGACCCUCACCGACACAGAGCACGAAAACAAGUCGGACAGCGAUAAUGGUUGUCUGAGGGUUGUCCUGAGGAGCCUUAAGCCUCCCAGCAUGCUCCACUCUGGCAGCGCUUGGUGUCGAUCCGCCAACUUCUCUCCCAUGACCCUCUAG